AUGCAAGUCGGAAAAGAUCUUUAUGACUUCCUGGAACUUGCGAGCCAUGGCAGUUUCGGUGAAUACUUUUGGAUCGACGCGCUUUGUAUCAAUCAGAGCGAUGAUGUCGAGAAGAGUCUGCAGGUACAGCGGAUGGGAGAUAUCUACAAGAACGCCAAAGAGGUUCUCGUGUGGCUUGGUGAUGGCAAAGAGAAUCGUAUCCGAGACCUUUUUUUGCAGAUAGAGCGUGCAGUUUCCGCCUCGGAGAAGACUCGCUAUGUGAAGAGGAAAGGUCUCCUAGGUGUUGGGCCGACUGGUUUGAGAAGGUACGGUGACAUAUGGGUUGCGCUGGACACGGCAUCAGCUGUUGGCUCCAACGACGGGUGCUUCAAGGACAGGAAUGAUCUCUUCGAUAUCUCGUGGCAAAAACGCGCGCUUUGGAAGAGCUACUGCAUCAUUGUCAGGAUGAUCCACGGUUGA